GGGAGCCUGAGCCUCCUUCAUCCCCAGGCCGGGCCUCGGGGGAGGUCAGGGUGAGGGGGCCCCGGACCGGCUUCUGCGGAGGAAGUCACGUGGGGCUAGGGCUCACAUGACCGGUCGCGAGAUGGACCGGCAGCUUCCCGCUGAGGCAGCAGCGGUGGCAGCUGCGGACCUCGCGACGGCAGAAGUUGGCAUUGAAGCUGAGACUCAAGGAAGCCAAGGAGCCAAGAUGUGGAAGGAGACCAUUCCAGGCAUAGAAGACAACCAGGGGAAAUGCUUGGAAUUGGAAGCUGGAGUGUCUUGUUGAAGGAACAAGUUAGGAGACUGGAUUAUUAGAGUAUCCAUGGAGAGAAAGAAGAUUUGCCAAAGCCUCAGGUAAUCGAGCAGAGGGAGCCAGACUCAUUUCGAAUGCAGAUGCCUCAAGGGAACCCGUUACUGCUCUCUCACACCCUCCAGGAGUUGCUAGCUAGGGACUCUGUGCAGGUGGAGCUUAUUCCUGAGAAGAAGGGCCUCUUCUUGAAACAUGUGGAGUAUGAAGUUUCGAGCCAGCGCUUCGAGUCCUCCGUGUACAGACGGUACAAUGACUUUGUGGUCUUCCAUGAGAUACUGCUACAGAAGUUCCCUUAUCGAAUGGUGCCAGCACUUCCACCCAAGAGAAUGCUGGGAGCUGACAGAGAGUUCAUUGAGACCAGACGGAGAGCUUUGAAACGCUUCAUUAACCUGGUGGCCCGGCAUCCCCCUUUCUCAGAGGAUGUGGUCCUAAAGCUGUUCCUCUCCUUCAGUGGCUCAGAUGUACAGAAUAAACUGAAGGAAUCAGUCCAGUGUGUUGGAGAUGAAUUCAUGAUUUGUAAACUGGCUACUCGAGCCAAGGACUUCCUCCCAGCUGAUAUCCAGGCACAAUUUGCUGCCAGUCGAGAACUGAUCAGAAAUAUCUAUAAUAGCUUCUAUAAGCUUAGAGAUCGGGCUGAGAGAAUUGCAUCUCGAGCCAUUGACAAUGCUGCUGACCUCCUCAUAUUUGGGAAAGAAUUAAGUGCAUUAGGAUCUGAUACAACACCGCUCCCCUCCUGGGCCACAAUGAAUAAUAGCACAUGGGGGACCCUAAAACAGGCCUUAAAAGGCCUCUCUGUUGAAUUUGCACUGCUAGCUGAUAAAGCUGCACAGCAGGGUAAACAGGAAGAGAAUGAUGUGGUGGAGAAAUUGAACCUCUUCUUGGAUUUACUCCAGUCCUAUAAAGAUCUCUGUGAGAGACAUGAAAAGGGUGUGCUUCAUAAGCACCAGCGAGCAUUGCACAAGUACAGUAUGAUGAAGAAGCAAAUGAUGAGUGCCACAGUGCAAAACAGAGAACCAGAGAGUGUGGAGCAGCUUGAGUCUCGCAUAGUGGAGCAAGAAAAUGCAAUUCAGAUAAUGGAACUCCGGAAUUAUUUCUCUUUAUAUUGCCUACAUCAAGAAACUCAGCUUAUUCACGUCUACCUGCCUCUUACGUCACACAUCCUAGGAGCCUUUGUCAACUCUCAGAUACAAGGCCACAAAGAGAUGAGUAAAGUUUGGAAUGAACUGAAGCCCAAGUUAAGCUGCCUCUUUGUAGGACCCAACAACUUACCAACACCACCACGAUCACCACAGGAGGGCAAUCUGUUUUCUCAUUAGUGCCUGGACAGGACUGCCUGGAUUUUAGGCAGUGCUAAAAGUACCCUUCCAGCCUUACUAAAACAUAUCACCAAACUGUGUCAUUGUGUAUUUCCCUUAAAACAAUAGCUGCCAGUCUCUGGUGCUCACAGAUGUUUGGAAUGACUGGGACCUGAGCAGAAGACCCUGAUUCACUAAGAGUCUGAUUUAAGAAUUCCUGUCUUGUACUCUUACUUUCAUUUAAUAGUGCUCAGAGGCAGGAUUGAGGGACACUAUAGGAUACUUCAGGGAGGUAAAAGAAUGCUCUCAGAUGCUAAUGGUGGAAGGCCCGCUCGUGGUGGUUGGUCAUACCCUUCCUCUUAAUUAAAUCCAGUUUUUCCUUCCUCCACCCUCUUCCUCAAUACAUAACACUCUGGUUUCUUCUCUGGCAGUGAGAAACAAUAGAUGUACCUUCUAGUCUCCAGAAGGCUGCUCAGAGAUUAAGGAUGACAUUCAUUUAAGUGAAGUUGUCUGGGGGUGAAUACGUUAAGUCCCAUUAUGACAGCUGCUUAUAUUUUCAAGGGACAGGUAAAAUUAAUCGGAAUUCAUUGGAUUGCUUUACUUUCUAAGGGUCAGGAUUAACAGAACAUGAGUAAGGGUGAGAAGAGUGUGAAGUUCAAAUAUAUAACAUGUUUAUCUCAGUGCAGCCAUGCCUUUUUAUUAAAAUAAUGUUAGUGUUUUUUUCCAAAUGAGUUUUCAGUGAAAAGUCUAAAAAAUAAUUAUUUAAUGCUGUUGAACACUCUUGAACAAAUUGCCUUACACUAGGACUUUUCAGUUUCUCUGUGUGUUUGUGUAUAUGUAUAUGUGUGCGCAUGUGUACAUGCAGAAGAGAACUAUUUUGCUUAUAGAGGGAGUUGUUAGCUGGUAGGUACAAACAGUAUUAGUUUUCUGUGGGACAAGCUACAGUGUCUAUUCCUGGCAGCUAGAGACAAACACUAGGAACCUUGGUAAAUUACCAGAUUCAUUCUGAAUUUGGCAAGGGCUGCCAUAUUUCAUUUUCCAUUCCUCCACUUUUACCCUCUUCUGAACCUAAUGUCUUAUUGCACAAUAGGACCAAAAUAUUUGGCAUAUUAAGGUGAACUAAUUGAAUAGUCUGUCAUAUGUUAGAAACUAAUUCUCUAGAAAGAUACCACACUUUUAUUUUGAUUGCUUAUAUUGGAAAGUGCAGAAUGUACUAAGUUAAGAUGGGUGUGAAGAUGAAAUGAGGAAAUCAGAAAUUUAUGAUUUUUAUUUCAGUUAGCUUUAAAAUAUAUUGACCUUUACAAGAGAGAAUAUGUGUUCUUUGGGAAUUAAAAAUAAAACAACCAGCUAGUUUCCUGAUGGCACAACUCCUGCUUGAGGCAGUGGAACAUUCCUGCUAAUUUCAGUCUCUCCCUUCCCUUAGCCCAGCUCUUACUCAAUGGAGUUUAUUGUGUAACCCUUCAGGUCUGUUUUCUACUUUGUGCUGAUGUGGGAGAGUUCUCAGAUAUCCUCUGGUGGAGACUUGUCGGGAUGGGUGGUGUCAUUUCUUGCCUUAAUAUGCUACUAUUCCAGAUCCCUAGUUGAACUUUUUUUAUGGGAUUGAAAAUAAACUGGACUUCUUCAUCAGGGACUUCUGGGUCUAUUUAGACUUUGCUUUUCUCAUUUGUAUAAAGACAGAAUAAUUAGAAAAGCCUCUAAAUGGGCAGCAUGACUUCUGAAAAUAUUGCCUUCCUGGAGUAUUUGUCAGGUUCCAAGGAGAUUUCCUCCCCUGUUUUAAUGUUGUAUUUUGACCUUCUCUAAGUAUUUAAAUAUGUAGCAUGAAUGAUUCUGGAAUAAAAAUAGAAGGCACCAAGCAUUCUCUCUAGCUACCGGAGAAGGAAUCAGAAUAACCAAAAAUACUUGAUUUAUGCAGAUAAGCUAAUUCAUUUUUCUGGCACAAGCAAAAUGAGGGCUUUUCUUUGUGGAACUCAAAUGGCUGCACCAGGGGUCUGAUUUCAAAGCACAUUACUGUAUUGGACUUGUUCAAAGAGGAUAUGAGUGGAAGUGCAAGACUUGUGAGCAGUGUACUUCAUGUGGCAUGUCAGCACAUUCUUCAGAUGCUUGCUUUGCAUUCAUGAAGUAGAUGGAGGCAUAAGGGUCAUUUGGUAGAAAACACUAAUGGCACCUGGGUCUGUAACUUGCUGCCCAAAGGCUCAUAUCUUCCCUCCUGCUAGGAAAGCUGACCUUUGCUUGUAAAAGUGAAUGUGACAUUUAAAACAGCAGGUGAUGUAAAGUGGUAUAUUUCUACUGUUGAACACAUUGAUUCUCUGAAAAGAGAAGGUGCCAGGCUUUAGUCAGAGCCUAAAAAUAGUACUGAAGUUCUCUUUUGAGAAUUACUGUCUGUGACUACAGAGUCGCCAAGAGAAAGGUAGAGUCUUUGUCUUUAGGGUCUCUGCCUGCCCUACCAUCCAGGCCCCUUUUUACUGAGAUAAGGUCUAUACCCACUUUGAAUGGAUCAAUACUCCUUUUUUUGUGCUGCUCCCUUUUAUACUGUGAUUUGCUUAAGCCAUAUAACAUAAAAUUUAUUUGUACAAACCCUGUGGGACCUUUUCCUUCCUGUCUACACAGCUGCAAAGUGUGCUAAACACACCUUCACUGCUAUUACAUUGAAGUCUCCUGGGGCUGCUAAGUUGCAUGUUAUCCUGCUAGCUUAAGGCCUUGAGUCUUUAUAGAGAGCCUAGGAGAAUAUGCCACAGACUAGGCCAUGGUUAGAGUAUCUAUAGUAAAGAGAUCCAGACAUAGCCUACUUGCCCUGGAUAUUCUAAACAUGAUGAGUGAUUGGAAUAGGUGGGGAUGGGGAUGGGAAGGAAGUGUCUGCUUUUAGUAUUAAGGACCAUUGUAGAUCCAGUUGGUAUGUUCUUCCAGCAAAAAAUAAAAACAAACAGCCAGAAGAGCUGUGGCUCCUCAAGAGGUAGAUAUCAACUACCAUCAGUUUAAGAACUUUCAGUUGGCAUGCUGGCCAGGCAUUAGUUAGAUCUUAUAAGAGAUGCAUUAAAAAAACAAAAAUACACACACACACACACACACACACACACACACACACACACACACACACACACACACACGCGCGCGCGCGUUACCCUAACUUAAAACAUUCACUUGAAGGAAAAUUUAUUACCAACGAGUUUCUGAAAACUUUUCCCCCUCCUCUUCUGUACUAAUUGUGAUGCUUUGAGAGCUUGGAGUAAAAUUUGACUAAGUUAUGAGUCAAAUCAGAUGUGUUAGGACAUUUUUUUCUCAGUAUGUACCAACAGUAUACUUUCUUUGAGGAACAAAACUUUUUAGAAGCAAAGGAUAAAUGGGUAAAGAGACUUUUCUUCAAAAUCAGUUCUUCAGUUUUUGGAGAGGUGUUUGGAGUCCAUUUCAGUGGCCCUUUUUCUGGGAGCACUUCUGUUGCCCAGUUACAGUGGAACAGACUAUGGUAACCAGAAGAGUCAGACUUCUGCUUGUCCCCUACCAAGGAGAAUUCCCAUAUUAUCAAGAGUUGAAAAAAUCCUCAUACUUUCCUCUUAAUAGCUGUAUUUUGCUUAAAUAGAGACCAAUUCUUUUUGGAUCUUACCUUUGGAAAAAAGAUAUUAAUGGAUUCUUUAGGGACAUUCUAAUUGUAAACAAUGGCAGAGGUUUUUUGAUGUAGCUAUUAGUAUCGUGCAUCCUAAUGGUAUCCCCUUAGUUUGAAGAGCAUCUUGAGGGAGAUAGGGUAGGAAAUGAGUGGGAAACUAAACCUUCAUUGUAGAAUGAUCUGAGUAGAUCAGGGAAUUUCCUUUUUAACAUGUCUUAGUUCUGAGUCAAGUAUGGCUGUGAGAGAUUCCUGAGGAGCCAUUUGCUGGAUCAACUCUUAAUUGUAAGGGGCAAUGGAGGUAUACGAGUCCCAGGAAAUUGGUCUGAGACUUGGAAAUAGCUUAUGCAGGUUGCACAUCCAAAAGCUCUCUAGGUAGAUUGGCUUCCCAUUAUAUUCUUCAGAGGUACCAAUCCUCUCAAAGGAAGACCAUUUAGUAUGUACAGUAGCCUAACAUCAAUGCCAAAAUAUCAUCAACUUCAGGGGAAAGUGAGUCAGGGUACACUGUUAUGAAUAUGGAACAAUGCUUGCCAUUCAAAAAAAGUGACUUCUGACAUGGCUUAGACCAAUAGUGAAACUUAAUGGCAUAAAUAAUUGUGGAGUUUUAAUAUGGAAAGCAUGCCUUUAUUAUCUCGGGCUCCAUAUAUAUAUUUUUUGGAGUUGGGAGAUUUUUGACACAAAUCAUGGUAUAGAUGUGAAACUUUAUAUUAAAUGGUCCUUGAUAGUUCUCUCUUAGAUCCUACCCACUCUUUGGGAGCUUUGACUUUCAGCAAUAUUUAUUCAGCAAUAUUUAGGGAAAAGCCCUUUGGUGAAUACUCUACAUUAAAAGGGGCUUUUGGAAGAGAUGGUUAUCUUAGGAAACCUGAUGUGAGGACUGAGUGGAAAGUUGGUUUGACUGAAAUGAAGACCUUUUCCUGGUUGGGGCUGAUUUACCAUUUCUUUUGCCUUGCUGUACUAGUUUUAUGUAUGAAGCACUUUAUCAAUUUGCAGGAAUUAGUUAUUACUACAGCUGAUGAACUGGAAAAUGUUUACAAAUUAUUACACUCCCAAACCUUUAUCAAUAAAACAUAUAUAUGAACAAAUGUUAUUAAAUGUAUUUGCAAGAGGUGUGCGACAGGUCUAAGUUACUGUGUGUGGUUGGCUUUCUCUGCUUAUCCUCCUUCUGUAGAAUUAUAUUAUGGCAGGAUGGUGUAUUGAAAAGAGCACCGGGUUAGGAUGCAGACCCGAGUCCUUAGUGCUGGCUCUGCCACCUCUGAGCCUUGUGACCUCAGACAAGUCAUUCAACCUCUGGAGCCCCAAGUUUCCACAUGUAAAAUAGGGGCAACCUCACAGUGUGAUGAAAAUACUUUAUAAAAUAUAAAGAACUCUGUAAUGGGAGCUUGUAGUAUUAUUACUCUUUUAAGCUAGUAAAAUGUUACUGGUGUCAGAUGAGGGAAGACUCCCAUGUUAAGGGGACAGGUACUUAUUUUCUCCUUAAAGAAUGAGAGGUUCUGACAAGCUUAGUGUAUGAAUUCAAAGGGAUGAUUUCGAAAUAGUCUCUCAACUUAGAAAGCCCAGAAAGAAUCCAGUCAGCACUUUGCAAAUCACAUGCCAUGUUUUUAUUUUCCAUUAUCUGUCAGAAUCUUCAGCAGGAAAAGAAAGAAGAAGCCUCAUGGUUCUAGGAUAUAGGAAACAUCCCAUUUCUCUGGGGUGGCUGUUGCCCCCUAGUGUGGGCUAUUGGCAUGAUUCAUUGACAAAUACUGCACCAUGGAUCAGUCCCAUACUUUUUAACACUUCAAACCAAAUGACCCUUGUGGUUCCUGGUCCAUUCAACCUAUGAGUCAUUCCUGGGUGCUCUCACUAUGUGACAUGUACAAUUGCAAGGAAACAGUUCAUGGUCUUACAUCAUUUUCUUGUUCCCCAAAUAGAUACCAAGUAUUAAAUUUCCUUAAAAACCAAGGACAGUAAAACCCUUGCCUACAUUCCACACAGCCUAAAUAAAUUGAGGCUGUAUAACAGCCAACUUCCCUAGCUUAUAUAGGCUUACGUAUGUCAUGUUAAAGGCACUGGUUUCUCUCUUUUUAGACAAUUUCCACUUCAUUCAGUGUGUAGCUUAGGAUGAUAUCUUGUCCCUGGAACUUAAAAUAUCCAUGGAAUUUCUUCUUUUGGAGCAUUAGUGGAAACCAGUAGCUGUCAUCUGGCCACAUAUCUCUGAAGGGAAUCUGCUUCAACUGGAACCACUGGGGGCACAUUUCUAUACCAGUGAGGAGAGAAACAAAAAUUCACUCAUUUGAAAACAAAUGCAACUUACUUUUAUUCUUUGGAACCUAAAAUCCAUCAACAUUUCUGAUUCUAGUCUUAUAUGCAAGGAUUCAGCUAGUUUGCUAGUUGGUACAGGGGCAAGAGUGGUGAAUUGGAGUUCGUUGACCUUGGUUCAGAUGAUCAGUAGGUGAUUAAACAAAGAUUGACUGACUAGAUCUGAAGUCAUUACCAGAAGUUCCAAUAGCUCUUCCUCCUGGAAACAUCAAAGAUUUAAGUGCUACCUGAGUGACUGAAUAAUGCAUUCUCUCUGGGCUCUAAAAUGAAGGGCUAUAAUUUGAUCAUCUUUGAGAUCCCUUUCUGCCAUAAGUCCUUUAACCCUAUCUCAUUUCAUCACAAAAGGGAUAUUGUGGAAAUGCCCUAAUCUCAAACUAGGCAAGUUUUACCCAAGGCUUGGUUCCAUUUGUUUGACUUCCUUACAGCUGGCUAAAACAGUGGUGGGGAUGAAUGAAAAACCAGCCAUGUAGAAAGCGUGGGUUGCAAAGUUUGUCUUAACCCAGAGUGUACAGUUGACACCCAUGCUUUCUGAAUUGAUUGUCCAUGCUGUAUUUGGGUGGAAAGGGCUGCAACUUGUUUGAAACUACCAACAAAACACACACACACACACACACACACUGCUUACCAUCACUUUCUUUUGGAGUCCCGUGAAAACUAUCCGCAUAAAAGAUGUGAACAUCCAUCAGCUCAGUGUUGCCUACAAAUUCAAAUGUGAUUUUUCCUAUCUUCUGCAAAGUGUCCACGAUUAGUCCACUCUCCUCUAGCAAUUCCCUGUAUUAGUAGAAAAUGGGAAAUCACUGAGCAGACUUCAUUCUUAAAAAUGAGGAGGAGGGUAAAGGGGAGAAUAAUAAGUCCCUUGGGAUAUUCUGACAAGCUUGGCUUUUCAUGCUCUUUCCUACCUUAUUGCUUUCUCGGUUCUGGUUUGUUUUUGUUUUUUUUUAAGAUGCAUUUUUUAUUAAGAUCUUCUAGAUUGCCAAAAAUUUCCUCUCUACCAUUUCGUAUAACAAAGAAUUUUUUUUUUAAGAGGAAGAGGGAAAAAAAGUCAGCACGGUAUAUUUAAAAAAUUCUGACACACAAUAUUCUAUCCACACCCAAGGAUGCCCCCCCAACUUUUGCAAAGGAGUAGGGGAAAGUGCCUCCUGUUUCUUCUUUGGGGCCAAGACUGUUCUUGGUAAUUUUGCAACAUUUAUUUUAGUUGUUUGGUGGUAGUGGUUCUAUUUAUGAUGUUGUCAUUGUGCAUCUGGUUUCAUGGCUCUGUUUGGCUCCUUUCCUACAACAGCAUAUUGUCCAGAUAAUUUUUGCUAAGGGUCUGAUUUGUUUGGAGGAUCUUUGAACAAAAUGAAUUAAUUAGCUCCCAGACCUCUGUUGUUUCCAGAAGGAGCUAUUUGAUUUCUAGUAAUGACUAAAAGUAUAGGCAACUUUUGAUUAUCCAUGUACUAAUUAUCUGCAACAAAAUUUUAAUUCCAGUCUCUAACAGCACACUGUACUCCCAGGACACUUCUAUAACUAACCAAACAAUAUGUGCUUGGGGGAUGAAAUUUAAUUUUAUUAUUACCCAAAGCAAAAUAGAAUUGGGAUGGUAAAUCUUAUGUUGCUACAGUAUCUUGGGGGAAAACCUACAUAAUGUACAACUAGGUCAGAAAUUAGUUUUAUGAAUCAGCCACUGUUUUGGGUUAUCUCCUCCACUACUUGUUUUCAUUAGGGUAGCUCAUUGAGAGUUUGCUGUACAAGGGCCUGGAAUGAGCUAUGUAUGUUUUAACAAUGCUUAUGAAAAUACAGCUGGUAUGCCACAGAGAUUUAAGUCUGCCCAGAACAAAGGAGUUCAUGUUAGAAAUCUUAAAUUAUCUAAGCUUGCCACUAACUUUAUGACCUUUGGCAAAUGAAUUUUAUUCAGUUUUCACACUUGGGAAACUAAGCCAGGAAACAAACUACAUUAAUACUUUUCCUUUUAUUUUUUUGGUUUCCAGAAAAUAUAUACUAAAUUAAGUCUGGCCAGUUUUAUGCAAUUUUACUUCAUUCUUUUACCUCCAUUCUCAAAUGUAAAAUUGAAACACUAAGUAUAAUUACUUUCCUUGCUUAUAACUUUUGGGAUUCCAGUAACAAGCAGUAAGGGAAGCUUUGUUAAUUUAAAAAAUCAUUAGGUUAAAUGGUUUUAUUUAGACUAAUGUAUUCCUCAGCUUGCAAUAUACCUUGACCCUACUAUCAAGGCUAGGAAAUAAAACUCCCAUCUGUUGUCUUAGUUCGCUAUCUCAGAUGUGUAAACAUAACUGAUAUUUUGAAAGGUGAAAUCUGUUCAUCUGAGAUGGUUAAUUAAAAUUAGACUUGACCUAAAAA